AUCACAAUUGCCACUCCUUCGCUGAAGUCAUUUAUAACUAGCUAACUGCUCUCUGGCGCGAGACUGUAACGACAUUCAAACCGAGGCAAUAGGCGACUUCAUUGCAAAGUUCGAAGAAUCAUGCACGUCUCAUAACACUGGCUGUAACAAGUAUGCCAUGAUUGGCAUCGGAUCUUGUAUAAGCUGCAGUAUGAUCUACUUAAGCGUUUCAACACAGGACUGCGGAGGCAACAUGGGCUGGUGCUUCGCACUCUCGGCUCAAAUCAUCUUUCAACAAAGGCCCCCCCCCCCCGAUGAGGACGAGCCUGCACCCAACUUCUCAGUGGCAUCGACCUGCUUCCAGCCGUCAUCAUGGCGGUUGAACCCGCUCCAGUCGAUCUCUUCCUGGAGGCCUUUCAUCGCGGCAAGCAUUCGCUCCUUCCGAAUCCUAAAAUCCAGCCUUCGUUCAUGCUUCAUAAUCCGAAAAAGAGGAGAAAGUCCAAGCUCCGGGCCCCGGGCUUCGGGGACAUUUACCUUGUGCGUUCGACUGGUUGACUCGGAUGUCCGAUUACCUUUCAUGUACAAUUCCCAUCGCAACUUUAUAAGUUUGCUCUCUACAGAGCGCACAAAGUCUCAGUCUGACUGACUGACGUAUGUACGCUGCUGCUUCGUUGUGGGGCAUAUAUCGAUUGAAC